UAUGCAUGUGCUGAAGUAAGAUAAGAUUUGUUUUUCAAUGUCAUAGUCACUUUCACUGUUAUUACAGCAAAAUGCCUCCAUCAUCAGGCCACAACAAUUUACAGAAUUAAAUCCAGUGAUAACACAGAAGAUCACAAUUCACACACCACCAUCCAUUUAAUAAACCAUGUAGCAAGCAGCCAUGGCAGAAUCCAGAGACUAUGUUGGAGAUUUCCUGACAGAAUUCAAGGAGCAGAUAAUUACAAGAGCGACUCGGGUCAGUGACAUUGCUGAGGCUGUUAUCUCCCAAAGUCUGAUCUAUGAUGCGGCAGCUCAGCGAGUGGAGGCUGCUCCAACUCAACAGGAGGCAAUGCGGCUCCUGUUUGAGGCUUUGGAAAGAGAGCCAGCCCGAAACAGAGUGUCCUUCCAUCUCAUCCUGAGAAUGACAGAGCCUGAGCUGAUUCAUGAACUAGAGUGGAGACAACGCAACAGCAAGCACACGCAAACAGAGAUAGGCAGUCCACCCAGCCCUCCCAGAGAAAAAAGAAAACAGGAUGACAAGAACGGGCAUAUAAGAGACAUUCAGAAGAGAAAAGACUCGCUAAAAAGGCGUAGACUGGAGACAAUGCGUGCCAUUGAGCAGAUCGAGAAACUUUGGGAAGGAACCAAGCAAGAAAGGAGUGAGAUAGACAACAUGAGGCAGAGGAUUCAGCGACAGCAAGAUGAAAUAACUAGGAUGACCACAGAGAAAAGUCAGCUUGAGAGAACUAUUACUCACAUGAAAGCAGAGAUGGACCACAUCCAUGAAAGAAUGGAUCGGAAUAAAGAAGAGGUAAACAGAGAGAGGGAGAGGAUUGAGCAAGUGAGAUCUGACCUUCAAACCGAGCAAACCACCCUGGAGCAAAAACGUGAUGCUAUCAUGAGAGAGAGACAGAAUUUGGAGAUGAUCAGAUAUGAGGUUCUGAGACAGAAGGAGGAGUUGGAGAGCAACCGCGAAAGCAGCAAGUACGAGAUGGAACGAAUGGAACAAAUGAAAAAUGCAAUACAAGUUCAGAUUAAUGAGAUAGAGAUGAAGAUUAGUGAAACACAGAAAACAAAGGGUCAGAUGGAGCAGAUAAAAGCUGAAAUAGAAGAGGAAAAAAACGAGUUGGAGAGAAAGAAGCAUGACAUUAAGAAACAAAGAGACCAAUUUGAGCAGAUUAAACUGGACAUACAGCAAGUAAAGAUGGAAAUGGAGAAAAGGUGGCAUGAAACAGAGAAAGAAGGGAUGGAACAGAGAGCUAUAAUCCAAAGAGAGAAAGAUGAGCUGAAAUACCUGCAAGAUGAGGUUCAAAGAGCAAGAGAGGAGGUUGAAAGAAACAGAGCGUUUUCAAAACAAGAGAAUGACAGAAUAAACCAGCUGAGAGCUCAAGCACUUAUAGAAAACAACCUCAUUGAAAAGAAAUGGCAAGACGUCCUAAGAAAAGAAAAAGAUCUGGAAGAGAUGAAAUAUGAAAUUGAGAGAGGUCGAGAGGAGUUGGUGAUGAAUGGAGAGCUGGUCAAAAAGGAGUGGGAAAAGAUCGAACAGGCCAAAGCAGACAUACAAAGUCACGUGAUUUCUGUGGAGGGCAGAGUUGAGGAAGUAAAAAAAGAAACUGAGAGGCUGAAACAUAUGAAAACAGAGAUGCAGAGGGACAAAGAUAUUCUAGAAAAGCAGAGGGAUGAUACACGGAAAGCUAAAGAAGAAAUGGAGAAGAAGAGGUAUGAGAUAGUGACAGAGGAACUAGAGCACAGAGCUCGACUGCACAGGGAGAGAGACGAGCUGGAGAGUGUAAGAGUAGAGAUACAAAGAGCUAAUGAUAUGGAGAAAGCAAAGAUACUGAAAGAGAAGGAAGAAAGUGUUAAGAUAAGAGAAGAGGCCAGACAAGAAAGAGAAAUGACAGAACUGAUCAAUGCAGAGAUUAAGGCCGAAAAAGACAGCUUGAACCGAAGACAAGAGGAAAUGCUGAGGGAGAGACAGGAGUUAGAGAGAAUUAAACAUGAAACGGUCAGAGCCAAAGAGGAGAUCGAGAACAGCCAAGAAGUCACAAUCCGGGAAAAUGAGAAAAUGGAAAAAAUGAAAGCUGAAAUUCAAGGGCAAAUUGAAGAUAUUGAGAAGAAGGUUGAGGAGAUCCAAAGAACUAAAGAAAAAAUGGAGGAAACAAAGGCUGAGUUAGAGGAAGAGCGGGAGGAGCUGGAAAGAAAGAGAGAUUUGGUGAGAAGAGAGACCGAACAGUGUGAGUUCCUCAGAAGUGAAAUCCUCAGGGUAAAGGAAGAAAUGGAGAGCAGGUUUCAUGAAACUGAGACAGAGGAAGUCGAACUCAGAGCAAAAACUCAGCAUGAGUUGGAAAGACUGGAAAAACUAAGGGAUGAGGUCCAGAGGUCCCAGAAAAACAUUGAGGAGAGCAGGAUGGAGCUCAUGCAGUGGAAGGACAGUCUUGACAAAAUGAAGGUUCAGGCAGAAGAAGACAAACAUGCCACUAUCAGACAGAUGGAUGAGGCUAAAGCAAAGGGAGAGGAGUUGAAAAAAAUGAUAGAACAGAUGGAGAAAGACCGAGAAGAGAUUAAUAACAGCAGAGAAAAGGCUAAACAAGAAGCAGAUGAAAUCAAAAGCAUGAGAAGUGAGCUACAAAGACAACAGACAGAAAUAGAGAACAGGAUUAGAGCUGCAAAAAAAGAAAAAGUGGAGGCAAACCAUGCCAAACUUGCAGUCCAAGAGGCUGAGAUGCUCCUAAAAAAGCAAAUAGAAGAGUCAGAAAAGAGACGGUAUGAAACCAUAACAGAAGCGCUGGAGCAAAGAGAUGAAAUACAUAAGAAAACAGAGGAGUUAGAACAAAUAAAUGCAGAGAUACAAAUAGCCAGACAUGAGCUAGAAAAGAUGAGGUAUUCUGAAAAAGAGAGUCUGCAGAAGAUGUUGGAGGAUACACAGCAAGAGAAAUUGUUCAUUGAGCAAAUGAGAACAGCUGUGCUUAAGGACAAGGAAGAUCAGGAAAAGCGUUUAGUAGAGAUAGACAACGAGAGAGAGAAGCUUGAACAGAUUCGAUUUCAGGUCCAGAAUGAGAAGAAAAAUCUAGAAAAACGAAGUUAUGAGAUGAUGAGAUAUGAUGUAGAACAGAGUGCUCAAGUUCAGAGGCAAAAAGAAGAACUUGAGAAGAUCAAAGCUCAGCUAGAUAUUGACACAGAGACCAUGAACAGAAGCAGAGAGUUAGCAAGACAAGAUAGAGAGAAAGCUGAACUUCUUAUGAUUGAGAUCCAGGAACAAAGAGAGGAUGUGAAUAAAAGGUUAGAGGAGACAAAACGACGAGAGGACGCUUUGAGGCAGAUAAGGGAGGACAUGGAACACGAGAGAGAAGAUCUUGAGAAGAUUCGCAUGGAAACGAUGAGAGGGAAGGACACGUAUGGAGAGGUCAAGGAGGAGAUUAACAGAGUGAGAGCGGAGAUUGAAAGGUUGUGGGAUGAGGCUGAAAAGGGAGAGCAGGAGGAACGUGAGAAGAUGAACAGGGAGAAGGAGGAGAUAAUGAGGAAGAUGGAAGCUAUGAAGAAGGAGAUUGGUGAGAUUGAAGACAUGAAGGUAGAGUUAGGGAAACAGAAGAAGGACAUUGAUGUAAAGAUGGAAAAGGCAAGGUCAGAAAUGGCUAAACUUGAAAAGAUGAAAGCAGACCUCCAGAGACAGAAAGAAGAUAUUGAGCAUCAGAUGAUGGAAGCAAAGAGUGAGAAAUACCAGAUGGAACUGAUGAGGACUGAGAUCUUGAAACAAAAAAAGGAGGUUGAAAAGAAAAUGGAGCUAGCAAAAGCAGAGAUGGACAAAAUGCAGCAUGUCAAAAAUGAAAUACAAAGACAAAAAGAAGAGCUGGAGGAAAGGAUGCAGAAAACCAAACGAGAGAUUGGAGAAAUGGAGCUGAUGAAGAGAGAAAUGGAAGGGAAGAAGAAAGAACUUGACCAAAGGAUGAAAUUGACCUUGAGGAAGAAGGAUGAGAUGGAACGAUUGAAGAUGGAGAUACAAAGGGCUAAAGAUGAGAUGGAAUGGAAAAGAAUGGAGACGGAGAGGCAGAAGUAUGAAAUGGAGCAAGUUAAAGCUGAAAUCCAAAGAGCAAGGGAAGAGUUUGAACUAAGGAUGGAGGGGAGAGAUUUAGAAGAAGAGAAAGGACAGAUGAAUCUCACAAUAAUCAAUCUUAUUCAGCAGAUUGAGGCGACGAGAGAAAUGGUGCGCAGAACAAAAUUCCAGUUUGAAAACCGAAUGGCAGGAAGUCAGAUGGAAACAGCAGACCAGGAGGAGAUGAAUGCUGAGAUGCAGAGGCUCAUUCUGGAGAUCGAACACAUUCGGGAAAUGCUGCGAGGUCUUAAGGGUGAGGUGGAACACAACAAGGAAAUGAUGAAAAGAGACAGGGAUGAGAUGAGGCUGUUGAAGAACGAAGUUCAACGAAGGAGAAGAGAGAUUGAAUGCAGAGAAGAAAAGAUUAUGAGAGAGCGAGAUGAACUAGAAGUCAUGGAAAAUGUGAUGCAGCGGCAAAGAGAGGAGCUGGAGGCGAGGCUUGAGGAGACCAUUAAAGAGAAAUAUAAGGUGGAGCAAAUGAGAGAGGAUGUGAAAAAUGCUUUGGUGGAGAUAGAACAGGCAAAGGAAGAGAUAAAGAGACAGAAAGAACUCAUCGCUCAAGAAAAGACAGGCAAAGAAAAGGUUCAACCAGCCAUCAUUGCAACCAAGAGCCCAGAGUAUGCAAAAACAGAAGAACCAGGUGCUACUGAACGAUUUAUAACGGAAGACUUUGAACUCAGUGUAAGUGAAAUACAGAAAGAAAGACAAGAACUGGAACAAUAUAAAGAAAUCAUUUUAAAAGAGAAACAUGAACUACAGAAGGCAAAGGAGGAUGUGCAAACAGUGAAAAAUGAAGCUGAAGAGAGGAUGAACAGACUGCAAGAGGAGGAAAAAGAGAUGGAAAAGAAACGAGUUAGUCUACAAAACUGGGAAAGACUGCUGCAAUCAGAGAGAGAAGAAAACCAAAGAAGUUUAGAUACAAUUUGUAAAGAGAAACAGCAGCUGAAUCAACAAAAACAAGAACUGGACAGUAUGGAAAUAAAUCUACAAAGAGAGAAAAAUGAAUUGGAAAUAACAAGAAUGAUGGAGAUUAAACAAGUUGAUGUUCAAGUCCAAACUGAUUUGAUGGAUGAGCUUAUCCUGACCAUGGAGGAGCUGGAUAAAGAGCGACAAGCUCUGGAGAAUUUAAAAGAAGACUUACUUGCACAAAAAAGUACAAUGGAGAGACAACAGGCAGAAAUAAAAUUGAGCGAGGAUGAACUUUCACUCAAAGAAGCCACACUGCAAACUACAACGAAAACUGCAGCAGACAUGGAGUUACAAUUAGAGCUUCAAAAACAAGAGCUGGAACGAACAAAAGAUGAGCUGGAAAAGACUAAGCUAGAAAUCCAGAAAGGAUGGGAUGACCUGCAGGCUGAGAUUGUAGAAAGCAGAGAAAAAGAAGACAUGGUAAGAACAGAAUUAGAAAAAGCAAGAGAUGUCCUAAAUCACAUUAGACAGGAUAUGGAAAAACAAAAGCAAACCAUGGAGGCUGAUCUAAAAGACACUUUUGCUAGAGAACUAGAGGACAUAGAAGCUCAAAGAAAAAUGAUCAAGGAGGAAAAGAGAACAUUAGAGAACAUGAAAUAUGAUCUGCAAAGAGAAUCUGGCGAUAUUGAGAGGUUAAAACAGGACAUGCAGGAAGAAAGACAGAAUAUGGAGAAAUUGGCAGAGCAGCUUAAACAAGACAGGAAGGAACUAGAAAAGAAAAUGCAUGACAUGCAACAAAUACAAGGAGACGUAGCGGGAGAAAAGAAAGACCUAGAAAACCUGAGAGAGGAGAAUGAGCUAACAUUGAAGGAGAUCAAAGCGGAGAGAGACACUCUUGAGAGGAUGAAUGAACUCAUUUCACAACAAAAAGAUGAUAUUGAGAAUGAGAAGGGAAAAAUAAAGAAAAGAGAAAUGGAACUGCAGCAAAUGCAGGCUGAUCUUAACAGACAACUAAAAUACAUGCAGGAUAUGCAGAAUCUAGUUUUCAUGCAAAAAAGUCAACUUCAGAAAAGCCAAGAUGAAAUAGCCGAAAAGCUAAAACAGUUGGAUGACAUCAUGCAUUUCACACAAAAUGAAAAAGACAGUCUUGACAGAGAGAGGGUGGCUAUAAUGGAACAGAAGCAGCAGAUGGAGAGCAACAUGACAAAUGCAUUAAACAGAGAACUUGAAACGGUAGAGCUUGUAAAAAAAGACGUAGUAAAUGAGAAGCGACUUAUUGAGGACUGCAGAAUAACUUUAAUGAGAGAUGCAGAAGAUCUGGAGCAAAAGAAAAUAGAUUUGGAGAGACAGACAGAGGAAAUAAAACUGCAAAGACAGGGUAUCGCAGGAGAAAAACACAAGUUGGAACAGAUUAAAUCUAUGCUUCAAAGAGUAGCUGAAGAUACUGAGAAGCUAAGACAAGAUACACUAGCUGAAAGACAGAAAUUUAUAGACACUGCAGCACAACUCCAGAAAGAGAGAGAUGCCAUUAUGAGUCUUGCAGAGGAGACAAAAAGAAAGACAGAGGACCUGGACCAAAUGCAAGCUGAUAUAGAAAAGCAGAAAAAAGCAUUUGAGAUAAUGAAGGAAUUGAAGGCAGAUCUGGAAAAAGAAGCAGGUGUCAUUGAAAAUCUAAGACAAGCUGUUCAAAAUGAUAUGCAAAAUGUAAAAGACAUGAAAGCCCAAAUUCAAAAAGAAAUACGAUGCACUGAUAGUCUAGUUGAAGAGAUUGAAAAGAGGUCAAAAGCUCUGGAUGAGAUGCAAAUGGAGAUUGAAAAAGAGAAGCAAGACAUUGAUUCUGAGAGAGACGCACUAGAACAAGAAAAGUCUAGGCUUAGAGAUCUCAAAGACGAAUGUGCUCAACAAAAAGAACAGAACAAUAUUACACAGGCAGAGAUACAGAAAGAAAGAGACAAUCUUGAGCAGAUGAGUGAAACCAUGUCAAAAGAAAAGUGCAUUGUUGAAAGUGAUAAAGAAUAUUUAAGACUGAGAGAAAAUGAGCUAAAGCAAAAAGAAGCAGAGAUUGAAAACAAACAAAAACAAUUGGAUGAGUUGAAGAGCAGUUUAAGGAUGGAAAACAUUGAGCAGAUGCAAGCUGAACAACAAGAACAACAAAGGACAGUUUCACAUGAAAAAAUAGAAUAUGUAAAGUCUGCAAGAGAUAGAGAAAUGGCAGAUCUGGAUGAAACGAGAAAGGAAAUAGAGAAUUUGAGAGAAGAAUUGAGGACAGACUAUGAAAAUGUGGAGCUCCAAAAGAAGAAAUUAGCUGAACAAAAAGAAUUACUUGAAAGCCACAUGAAAUCAUUGGAAAUUGAUAAGGAAGAUAUGGAGAAAAAGAAAGUAAAACUGCAAAAAGACUUUGAAAACUUUCAGUUUCAGAGGCAAAGUUUUGAAAAAGAGAUACAGCAGGUGAGAGCUGAGCUUCAGAGAGAAGCUGAAAAUAUUGAGAGAAUGAAGAAAGAGGUGAGGGAUGAAAAACAGAGUAUGAAAGAUAUGGCAGACCAAAUUCAACAUGAGGGAAACGACAGGGAAAGAAGCUCUGGAGAGGAUGCACCUUGA